UGUGGCUCUUAACAGCAUUGACUUUACCUGAUAAAUGCAGGUUAGAAAUUUUGUCUGACUUUUUCCCAGCACUGCAGAACUUGAUCAUGUCAAAUGACCCUAAAGAGGAUGAGAUUUUUACACUCCACCCCUGCAGCUGCCGGCAGAUCGGGCUUGAACACACCUUGUGAUGUCACGUUUGCUGUGAGCCAAUGGCUGUGUUUUGAGUGCUGAUUGUAGACAUGUGUGCCUCCACUCUGGAGUUUAUUUAUGUCACCUGCAGCAAACGCUGUGCUCCUUCAGUUCCUCUUGUGUUCCUCUGUGUGCAGGGUCCAGGAGCCACAAUCGCAGGACGGAGUAAUGUUCCUUGAAGACUGAAGGUGUCGCCAGCCUUGUCCUCGAUGAUGAUUUAGACUGCAAUCGAGUAACACUGAAUGCAACUAUGACUGUGAGGAAGCAACCAACCUGUGGUACAGAUGACCUUUGGCCUCCUCCAUUGCAACAUUUCCAUCAUUUCAGAGGAGCUAAUGAACCAACCACUAAUACACUGCUAAUAGGAUUGUGAGGAGUGACUUAGGUCUGUGAAGCUCCUGAGUCACAGUCAGGUGUUACAGCCUGAGGGACAGACAUGAAGGAACCGCAGCUCCCAGGACAAACCAUCAAAGCACGGCUAUGGCCAAAGCAGAAAUCGAGCAAAAUAUCCAACGAUGAGCCCCAGAAAGAGGAAAAGGUGAUCAAACCACCGGCCCCCGCCACCAAAUGUGCCUUACCACAACUGACCCAAGCCGAGAGACUGAGACAGUCGCCCUUCGAGAGGAUCGUCUAUGACAUGGCCCACAAUGAGAAGAUUGUCAAUGAACUAAUGCUUGGUCGAAGGGUUGGCUUCUAUGAGCUGCGAGGAGAGAUUGGCCAGGGCAACUUCGCCACAGUCAGGCUGGGCAUCCAUGCCCUCACGAAAGAGAGAGUAGCCAUCAAAGUCAUGGACAAGCUGCGCCUGGAGAAGAAGAGUCAGUCUUUAACGGCCUCAGAAAUCAGCUGCAUGGAGAAGCUGUGCCAUCCCAACAUAGUGCGUCUUUACGAGGUGAUCGAGAGCAGCAGGAAACUGUACCUGGUGAUGGAGUAUGGCAGCGGUGGAGAUCUGUUCUCCCGGAUCACCACCAGGGGGAAGCUGAACGACCUGGAAACCAAACUGGUCUUUGCACAAGUCGUCUCUGCUGUUAAACACAUGCAUGACAACAACAUCGUCCACAGAGACCUUAAGGCAGAGAACAUCUUCUACACGACCAGCUACUGCAUCAAGGUCGGAGAUUUCGGCUUCAGCACAGAGAGCUGCCCCAAUGAGCUCCUCACCAAUUUCUGUGGCUCUCCACCAUACGCUGCUCCUGAACUGUUUAAGGAAAAAGGCUACAUUGGAUGCUACUCUGAUACCUGGGCUUUAGGUAUCCUCUUGUACUUCAUCGUGACGGCCACAAUGCCUUUUUAUGGAGACAACCUGGGGAGGUUGAAGCGCUGCAUCCUACAGGGGGCUUACAGCAUCCCUUCCUAUGUGCCUGACCCUUGCCAGCUAGUCAUCAAGGGCAUGCUGCGGCCUGUGCCUCCUGAUCGUUCUACUCUCACACAGAUUAUAAACAGUGCUUGGCUGAGGGGGAUCGAGUACCCUCACCCGUACGUCUCGUUGCCCUUGUCCCCGGCCCACUUUGCCCAGGCGGGACAGGCUCUGUGUGUGGAGGAGCAGGAGGUAAAGGGUUUGCUUUGUGAUCUGGGUAUCGUGACAGAUCAUUUGCAAAAUAAUCCCUGUUCGGACUGCAGGAGCCCAUUGACAGGGACCUACCGGAUCCUCCUCCAUCGGGUCCAGAAGAGGAGGUCGGUGGAGGCUGUAGGUUAUUCAGCGCUUCAUCCUGAUGAGUACGGAAGCCUGAAGAACUGGUCUGCAGCAUCUGUGAAAAAACACACCCCCUCUGCUGUCUGUGUUUUACUAUAAUAGUAAAUAGCAGGACUGCUUUAGCUGAGGCCACACAGGCCCUUUAUCACAUACAGAUGUGCCCAUUUGCAUGUGUUCAAGUUGUAUUGUGCAAUAUUGGACUGAAAUAGUGCCGGACAGAGGUUGAGGCUAGUUGCAGGGUUCUUCUGUCCCACAGUGUAAGUCAAUUAGAACUCAUAGAGUGUGAGCCCUGGAUUACUGUUCUGAUUAUAUCUCCAACAACAAGCUCAGGGAGGCAAAACAUGCAUCUGUACAGCUAUGAGCAUCUUCCAAUCCCUUUUAGUCAGAGCAUAAAUCUACUGAACUAAUCCAAGGCCACAGGUAAUCCUAAUAACGUAGACCCUGAGAACAUGCUGAAACCUGAGACUAAGAGGGGGAAGGAGCGCGUCAUGGAAAAUAAAAUACGAGGCCAGAAUGGGAGACUUUUAAAAUGUGAAAUGUUUUCUUUGUUUCAUAAAUGAUCUCUAAAAUGCCUUCAUAGAAUGCAGAUAUUCUCAAUAUCUAUGUUGGGUAAUAGGCUUAUAUUUUAAGGCAACAAAUUCAUACUGUAACAUUAUUUUAACCACCUGGUGAAAGGAUGCAAAAUGGUUCUAAAUGGUUUUAUUUAUUUUUUUCACUUUCUGUAACAUUGCUAGAUAGGGCAAUAUCCAACAUUUUAAUGGAUAAAAUAAAUCAUGGAUCUUAAUGGAAAUCCAAAUCUGGAUGUAAUUAUUUUGAUUGUGGUUUCAUAUGGGCACAGUUAGCCCUGAGGAAGUAUGUACUCUGAGUGCUGUUCUAGUUAUUAAAGUGAUCAGUGAGGCCAAGCUGAUUAAUCACAAUAAAGCAGGAGGUAUUUUAAUACAGGAAAAUAUUAUUGUCGA